AUGCGCCGUUGUUGGCGAAAAGGUUACAAUAACGACUGCAUUUUGGUGCUCUCGUCUGCGAUAGCGCUCCUCGCGUGUGUUACUACAUCCCUUUCUGCCGCCAAUGUUGGAAUGGUGUGCAAACUGUUUCUCAUCGCGUCUCCAAUAGCAGGAUAUUUUGUUAUCAUCCCCCCUUUCCGUCCCCUCUCGCCGUCCCUUCUCACCGUCCCUUCUCGCCGUCCCUUCUCGCCGUCCCCUCGUGCCUUCUCUUCUUUCCGGCCCUUUCCGUCUCUUCGUGCCUCCCCUACGUACCGCCCUCCCCUUGCCAUCCCCCUUGCCAUCCCCCUUGCCUUCCCCCUUGCCAUCCCCCUUGCCAUCCCCCUUGCCAUCCCCCUUGCCAUCCCCCUUGCCAUCCCCCUUGCCAUCCCCCUUGCCAUCCCCCUUGCCAUCCCCCUUGCCAUCCCCCUUGCCAUCCCCCUUGCCAUCCCCCUUGCCAUCCCCCUUGCCAUCCCCCUUGCCAUCCCCCUUGCCAUCCCCCUUGCCAUCCCCCUUGCCAUCCCCCUUGCCAUCCCCCUUGCCAUCCCCCUUGCCAUCCCCCUUGCCAUCCCCCUUGCCAUCCCCCUUGCCUUCCCCCUUGCCAUCCCCCUUGCCAUCCCCCUUGCCAUCCCCCUUGCCAUCCCCCUUGCCAUCCCCCUUGCCAUCCCCCUUGCCUUCCCCCUUGCCAUCCCCCUUGCCAUCCCCCUUGCCAUCCCCCUUGCCUUCCCUCUUCCCGUCCCCAAUUGCCGUCUUCCCGUCCUGCAGCCCCCUCCUAUGGAUCUACACUCCGCGGCUCGCGCCGCAAUACACGGCGGAGAGCUGCAAGAGCCUGGGACGCAACUUCGCAUGCCAGCGCAACGGGCGGCCCGACUCGGAGUACGAGAAGUACACGUGGCGCAGCUUCGGAUGCACCAUCGCCGAGUAAGCCCCCUUUCCCGCCCUUCCACCCAACCCCUACCUCCCUCCCCCCCCCCCCCCCGCGUGUCCGCAGUCCCCCUCAUCUCAUCUGCACUGCUCCCCAAGUCUGCCCCUCCCCUCGUUGCUCCACAUGCCCUUCCCCACUUAUUCAAGCCGCUCUCCUUCCUCACCCUGCUGCGCAACAAGGUGUUCCUAGUGGUGGGGGACUCGCUCACUAUGAACCUCUUCUCCUCGCUACAGUGCCUCGUCGAGACUGUCACAUCCACUGAGGGAGUGGAGGGGCCUCUGUUCCCCGGAGGGCCAGAGACCCACGGGAUCUACGUACCUGCCUUCAAUGCCACCCUGCUGCGCCACCCCUCCUCCUUCCUCACCAACUCCACUCCUGAUGGGGAAAGGUCCAGUGCAAGCACGUGGACGGUGCAUCUGGACCAGGUGAAUCCUGAUUGGUCGCCGCUGCUACAGUACUCGCACUACGCAUUGUUUGGAACUGGUACCUGGUACACCAUGGCGGACCCUAAGAAGCGCCGUUACAUGAUCAACAACACUCUGCAGCCUGAAAUGGACCGCAUCCUUACAAUGCAACUCGCUAUGAACACAGUGAGGAAGUUCACUCGGAGCCUGAAGUACACCGGCAUGCCCAUGUUCCUGACCUUCACCCCGAUGCAUUACGAUCGCGCGCGCGGGGCGCGCGGCGGGAAGAAGAAGAAGAAGAAGAAGAAGGAGGAGGAGGAGGAGGAGGAGGAGGAGGAGGAGGAGGAGGAGGAGGAGGAGGAGGAGGAGGAGGAGGAGGAGGAGGAGGAGGAGGAGGAGGAGGAGGAGGAGGAGGAGGAGGAGGAGGAGGAGGAGGAGGAGAAGAAGAAGAAGAAGAAGAAGAAGAAGAAGAAGAAGAAGAAAAGACGCCGCGCGCGCCGGGCGCGCGGCAGGCAGAGAACGUCGCGCGCCCGGGGGGCGCGACAGGCAGGACAGCAGCGGAAGUAG